AUGGAGAAGAUCUCUCAAUCCAAGUUCCGCGUAGUCAUAGUGGGUGGCUCCAUCGCCGGCCUCACACUUGCCCACUCCCUUCUCCGAAACAACAUUGACUUUGUUGUCUUGGAGUCCCACGAUGACAUCGCGCCUCAGGUAGGUGCAUCUAUUGGCCUUAGCCCGAAUGGCAGUCGCAUCUUCGAUCAGAUCGGUGUUUUCGACGACAUUUAUGAUCUCGUGGAGCCGCUCCAUAGAGAGCUCAUCUGGUCCGAUAGCGGCAAGCUCAUCAACGAGUCGAUCGACCUGCGCCUCGUCUUAGAGAGACAUGGGUACCCGGUAGCAUUUCUCGAUCGCCAGGCGGUUCUCGCAGUCCUUUACAAGCAUCUAGGGUCUACGCAAGAUCGGGUAUUUCUCAACAAGAGAGUGACAAAAGUGGACCACCUGCCCGAGAAGGUGGUGGUACACUGUGAAGAUGACACCACUUUCGAGGGAGACUUGGUCGUGGGUGCAGAUGGCGUUAGGAGUACCAUCCGGUACCAGAUGUGGGAUUAUAUGGAAACUCGCGGGCUCAUCAAUGAGACCGCGGAGGAAAGAACACGGAUGAAGUCCGAGUAUAACUGUGUGUUCGGCAUCUCGCAGCCAACCCCGGGACUGGAACCGGGGCUUCUUCAUCGGACAUAUGGCGAGAAUUGGUCAUUCUUGGUGAUCUCAAGCAAGGGUGGGCGCGUCUACUGGUUCUUCUUCACCAAGAUGGAUCAGGUCUACACAGGCAACGAGACCCCUCGGUAUAGCCAGGACGAUCUCGAAAAGCACAUAGCAGCCUACCUAGACAAGCCGGUCACCGAUACCGUGCCAUUCUCCGAGGUGGUUCAAAGAACGAUAACACGAACAAUGGUUCCUCUGGAAGAGGCUCUUUUCAAGCACUGGUGCAUGGACCGCUUUGUCUGUAUUGGUGACUCGAUUCACAAGAUGACCCCCAACCUGGGCCAGGGCGGAAUGAGUGCUAUUGAGAGUGCCGCGUCUUUAGCCAAUAGCUUAGCCACCUUGAGACAAAGAUCGGCCGAGGAGCGAAUUCCUGUCGGUGAGAUUGACCGCUGUUUAAAGGGAUGGGAGGAAGCCCGACUUGCUCGUCUUCCCGCCAUAUAUUCUGCCGCUGGUGAUUUGACUCGCAUUGAGUCUUUGGCGUCCCCAAAAUAUAAAUUCAUUGCACUCAGAGUACUUCCACACGUUGGCCGCUACCUGAUGGAUCUCAACUCCAAAAAUAUGGCUGGAGCCGUCAAGCUCGACUGCGAGCCAGUCCCGGCAAGGUCGUUACAGGGCACCAUGCCGUACACUGACAGCUACCCUUACACCCCCGCGGAUAAGGCCUGGAAGCGAGCUCUUUGGACCGCUCCUUUGGUGGGCUGUUACGCUGCUGCGAGCGCGACCAUGGGGGCCGUGCUCCAAAAGUUCAUGCCAUACCUGAUUACACAGAUCAGCCAAGGAACCUGGACCGCCAGCAAUGGUGAAGCCAUCAGCGUGGCCAAGCCGGUCUACCACGUUCCGUUUCUGGACAACCUCCUCCGACCCAUGAUUCUCUGCUUUUUACCCUCGAUCAGCGGGACCGACCCCAAUUCGCGGCUUCAGAUGCUGUCGUUCAUGACCGACCUAGGCCCGGUUUAUGGCAUUUGGCUCUUGGAGAGCUUCCGCGGAGCAGAGUCAUGGUACAAAGUGCUACUACCCAUAACCGCCGGCGUCGCCUUCCAAUUCUUCGGAAUCGGCAUGAUAGCCCCUCUCUACUACGCAGCCGAAUACAUCACCGCACCCCUCGGUCGCAUUCUCCCCGGCCAUAACCGCAUUAUCGACCCGUCCACGACGGGAUCCUUGCUGAUCUCCCUCCUAGGCAGCUACCACCUCACCACCUACGCCAACUUCAUCCCCCGCACCGUCGAAACCCGACGCUGGUACAAUGCCAUAUGGCAACUCUUCCCCGUAACGGUGCCCCUCCUCCAGCUCCCGAUCGCCCUCCUCACGAGGCGCCUUUUCCCCGCCCCGCCACCGGCCGACCCGGACGCUCGUCGCAAGACGCGCAGGAGAAACAUCCGCACCGUGCGGUUCUUCUACCGCACCCUCGCCCUCAUCUCCGGUCUCACCUUCAUCUACACGCGCCUCACCAAGCCCCGGGGCGCCUCCAUGGCCAGCCUCUUCUUCCCGGGUCUGGCGGAGCACCUCGCUCCCGUGACCUCGUUCCCGCAGGGAAUCGCGCGAGUCCUGCAGUAUGACCAGGUCAUCUCCAUGGCGAGCGGGUUCGUGUGGCUGGCGCUGAGGUUCCGGGAGUUGCAGCAGCGACAGCAAGCGCGGUCCGAAGCAACGUUCUCCUGGUGGAAGGCUGUCGGGGCGUGUGCCGCGUCGACUUUUGUGUUGGGACCGGGUGCCACUUUUGCUCUUGGCUGGGGAUGGAGGGAGGAGAUGCUGGAGCGCAUGGCGGUGUCGAUGCAGUACGGUGGUAGUAGCUCUGAGAAGGACGAGUAA